GCUAACAACAGUUAAAGCCAUUCAGUUGUUUACAGCUUGAGCGCGAGUUCAGAACGUUUUUUGUUUGUGUGUAACAAGAGGUGCGAAAAAAGAAAAGAACUGUUGGUUAAAAAAAAGAAAGUCAGUAGUUGCAUUUAAAAAAAAAAAAAAUUCAAACCAAGAGAAAUUUGUUCAAAGUGUCAUAAAGAAAUAUAGGGAAAUAUUACAAUGCGCUGCUUGAUUUUAUAUGCAGCGCUUUUAGGCGCUGUGGCAGGUUACAAAUCGUCUUCUUAUGCUGGAAAUCUAAAUAAAGGUUCAACAGCCUUACAGCCUGAAAUUACUACGUUAAGAUUUGAAAUGUCUUCUACAACUGAGGCACCUUCAAGUUCAUCUCCACCAUCAACAACUUCUACUACAACUCCAGCGAAUUUAAUAGAGGAAGUGGUAUCCGAAUUGCCCGUUUCUUUGCCUCCCAUUUUGGAGGAAGUAGAUUUGCCUAGUUUACCCAAUCGCCGAGUUGUUACCUACGAUCAGCGUCAAGAGGGUCAAUAUAAUAUACGAGCUGAUUUGGAUAAUUUUAUGAUUGUGUUAAUACCUCCUGGUCCCUCAGAGGGUUUGGGCCUCUUGGAUUUGCUAACCAAAUCUUCAUUACGCAGAACCUCUCAUACCAAUAAGAAAAAGAAACAUUAUUCUUCUUCGACAGCCUUGAAACCAGAUGCUUUGAAACAUCUUAACUAUUUUAGAUCCCAUGAACAACAGUUAGGUGGUGGUUCUUUGAGAGGCGGAGAAUUUAUAGAUGGUCGUACUCCCUAUCAUGUGGAUAUUGCUUCACUGAAUGAGGAAGAAAUUCAGCCACGUUUGAAUCCCGAUAGACAAGUAGAUGUUUUGCCACCCUCCUAUCCUUUGGCCUAUCAGCAUUUAAUGAAGCCUUAUCACCUGGAAGCUGAAUCUUCUUUGCUGCCACCCUCGGAAAUUGGUCUGCAACAUAAUUCAGAUUCCAACCCAUCCCAAAAUGCUGGCUACUAUCGCUUUGCCCGCUACAUAAGAGGCGACAAUUUUUUGGAUUCAAAUCGUGUUACCUCUUCUAAUCGUUUAGGUCCCCAGCCUUCAACAUUCAGAAGACAACAAUUGCCGGUGUAUAGAUCUGAUCUAUCGAUGGGAGCUGCCCAAUUGUAUCCUCCCUUGGAUGUGCCACAAUUUAGUUAUCAUGUAGCUCGCAAUUUUGGCUCAAAAUCUUCGCCCUCCUCCUCCUCUGUAGGCGAUGAUAUCGACAGUAAACAGUCUUUGGAUUCAGAUUUAUCCUAUGGCGAAAUUAUAAUACCACCAGCCCAUUUGCCCUUGGAGGAUGAUUUGGAAUUGGCCUUAAACGAUGACAGCCUGUUGGAGGGCGAGGCCAAGGCAUUGCUUAGCGAUGGCAUUGAACGCUGUGCUCCGGGUAAGAGACGUGAUAGUUAUGGCGUGUGCCGGGAAAUAGAGGGUUACUAGAUGAAACAUUUCAAUUAUAAGGAAAAGUUUUCUUUUUUUUUUAUUUCGGUUUCUUAAUUUAAGUAUCAAACAAAACGGACUGCAUAGUUUAGUUAAUAGUUUAAGUUUCUUUUUUAAUAUUUUAAGCCAUAAAUUUAUAUAAUUAAUAUAUUCGUUUAAUUUUUAGUAAAAUUUAAAUUAAUUUAAAACGAGUGUUUAGUUUGUAAGUGAAAUUUAUUUAAAUAAAAUAUGAAUAAUAAUACAAA